AUGUCUCAACAAUUGACUGAUAAAUUGAUUGAGAAAUUGAUCUCAAUAGCAUUACCACCAACUAAUGAAUUCUCAUUGGAUUCAUUAGAAGGUAGAGUACAAGCUGGUAAGCUGCGACCAGGAUUAUCUGUACAAACUAUGAGUAGAAAUUUCAUUCAAUUAAAUUCAAGGUUAUCAUUCCCAUUUGAAAUGAUUGACAAUAUAAUUAAAUUCUUCAAUUGGGAUAAUCCAAAAUUAACAUUAACAAUAAUGGUGUUAUAUACUCAUUUAAUUUUGAAACCAUUACCAAUGAUGUUAAGUUUACCUUUUUGCCUCAUUAUUAUUUAUAUAAUGGCGCCUGCUUAUGCCAUUAGACAUCAACCUGAAUAUCAUUCAAUAAUUGGUAAAAAUAACCCAAUUUUAGCUGAAGGGCCACAAUUGAAAGAUUAUGAAAUCCCCAAACCUGCACCUGAAAUUUCAAGAGAAUUUAUAUUAAAUUUGACUGAUUUACAAAAUCAUAUGUUGCUAUAUGUUAUUGCUUGGGAUUUCAUAAAUAACUUAUUUGCGAAAUUUGCUUAUUUUAUUGAUGAAUCGAUUUCAAGUUUUUUCUAUUUAUGCUUUUUAAUGAUUGGUGGGUUUACAAUUUUAUUUACUGAAAGUAUUAUAAGCUUUAUUCCAAUUAAAUUCUUGUUGAUUGUUGCCGGUUGGGGGUUUACAAUUAUUUUCCAUCCUUAUUUUAAAGAUUAUUUUUUCAAUUUAGUUUAUUCUGAAGAAACAAGAUAUUAUUUAUUAAACAAGACAAAUAAAUUCGAACAAAUUUUAGAGGAAAAUUUUGGUUUUAUUGAACCUCAAGAACAAAGAGAAGUUGAAAUUUUUGAAAUUCAAAAUUUUGAUAAAAAAUUAAAAGAAUGGAAUUUUUUAUUCUAUUUAAAUAAUGAUUUUACCAAGUUAUCAAAACCAAGAUUAGAUAAAAAAUACACCAAUGUUGAAAUUAUUGGAACUACAUCUUUACAAAAUGUUAAACCUCCAAAAGAUUGGGAAUUUAUUAAAAAUGAUCAAUGGAAAAUUGAUUUAAAUCCUGAAAGUUGGGUUUCAAAUCAUCUUUUAAAUGAUUUAGUCAAGGUUGAUAAUGAAACAAAAUGGGUUUAUGAUGUUGAUAAUGAUAUUAAAGGUGAAUUUAGAAGAAGAAGAUGGACAAGAAGUGUCACUAGAUUUUCUGAAAUUGAAUUUCAAAAACAUAACAAUAAUAACACUGAAAACCACAACAAUAACGAUGAUGAAAAGCCUGGAUUAUCACCUUCAGUUUCUCAUUUUGAAACUGAUCAUACUUCUCCAUUGGUUGCACCAGUAAGUCCAAAUAGUGGAGAAUUUAAAUAA